UUCUUUUAAAUCCCAUGAUCUUUCCGCUUCUCUUUUGUCCUUUUUUCAUCUUUUUAAUAUAACGAGCACAUGUACAUCCCUGGAAUUCAUCCAUCGUCCAUUUCCGUAGCAUUUAAGUCACUUUCUAAAUCUACAUCCGAACUAGCGCAAAACCAAAUUAUCUAUUGUCAUGUGGACAUAAAAGAAAUUAUUAUAUGGACACCAUAUGAAUAACUAUAAAUAGGCAAAUGCACAAUCUUUAUUUUCAUUGUAACGACCUCUAAAAGCCAAUCAACAUGGCCAACUUCAAAACCAUGACAUGUACCGGUGUUUCUUUGUUGCUCUUCUUUUGUUUAAUACCUUCUUGUUUAGCCUACAAUGUGGUUAGUUUUGGGGCUAGGGGAGAUGGGAGGACAGACUCAACUUCCGCAUUUCUUCGCGCUUGGUCUGCUGCCUGCCACUCUACUAGCCAGGCCAAUGUGUAUAUUCCACGAGGAACAUAUUUGGUAAGAACGUUGAAUUUAAACGGCCCUUGCCGGAGAAGAAUUGAGUUCCGAAUUGACGGUACUCUCAUUGCUCCGACCAAUUAUCACGCAAUUGGUCAUUCUGAGUUCUGGAUUAUGUUUUAUAAGGUAAGUGGGCUUUCAGUGUAUGGAGGAACUAUGAACGCCAAGGGUCAUGGUUAUUGGUCGUGCCGAAAGGGUGGAAAGUCUUGCCCACAAGGAGCUAGGUCAAUACAAUUUAUGUGGUGUAACAAUGUACUGUUGAGGGGCUUAACAUCACUCCACAGUCAAAGAGUACAUGUGGGAAUAGGUUACAGCAGCAAUGUGAGAGUUGAGAAUGUGAAGAUAAUAGCCCCAAGUGGAAGCCCAAAUACUGAUGGCAUUCAUGUACAAAACUCAAGAGGGGUUACCAUUUACGGCAGCAUCAUCCAGACUGGAGAUGACUGCAUUUCCGUUGGCCCUGGUUCCAUGAACUUGUGGAUUGAAAAAAUUGGAUGUGGACCUGGACAUGGCAUCAGCAUAGGAAGUUUGGGGAGUAGUUACAACGAAGCUGGAGUUGCGAAUAUAACAGUAACAAAUUCGGUUUUCACGAAGACACAGAAUGGCGUUAGAGUAAAGUCCUGGGCAAGACCAAGUGGUGGCUAUGCUAAAAAUCUCAUGUUCUCAAAUCUUAUUAUGAAGAAUGUUGGGUACCCCAUAAUCAUUGACCAAAACUAUUGUCCCAAUAAUAAUUGCCCUCAUCAGAAUUCAGGAGUAAAGGUGAGUCAAGUAACAUACAAGAAUGUGAAAGGGACAUCAUCCACACAGGCAGCUAUGAAAUUUGAUUGCAGUUAUACAAAUCCAUGCACUGGAAUCAGACUGCAAGACAUAAAGCUUACUCACAAUGAUCGCUUAAGAAGGCCUGCAAUAUCCUACUGUAGAAAUGCAAGUGGAAGACGUGGUGGCACAGUCACUCCCAGGAGUUGCUUCUAAAACAAUACAGAAAACAAAAAAACUCCUUGUAUAUACUUUUAUAUCAAGUUCAGAGUGCAAACCCAACGCAUUCCCACCCCCACCGCGCCCAAGAAAAGAAAAAAACACUUUUCUUCUCUGCGUCUAUUGUUCUUAAAUAAGUUGUUGUUCUACAUAUAUCCGUGGUUGAUAGUUGAUCUACAAUAUAGGUGUUUGUUUGUGGUGAAUCAGUUAUCAAAGUCUUCUUCUGGACUAUAUUUUAGAAGUAGUCCCUUGUGUACGUAGUUUCUUUGCUCUGUCG